AUGGCCACAUCCUUUGUAGUUCCAAGCCCAUGGCUCUCGGCUGAAAUUGCACUCAGGCCUUUGGAGCGCCACCGGGCGGCGGCCGCGGGCGUCAGCGCCGCUGCUCCGGUGCCCCGCGGCGCCGUCAACGCGACGGGGGCGCUGUUGACUGUUGCAGCGGUGCUGGGAGCGCGGCGAUGGCAGCGGCUUCGUUUGCGGGCUGUUCCUGCACAAGGCGAAGAUGGAUCGAAAGGAAAGGUCCUUGAGGUGCGAGCUGGACGGAUCCGUCGCAAACCCUCAGACGAAGAAGAGAGUACCCAGGACUGGUUUGAUUUCGACCGUGAUCUUGAAGGCCUCAAGACCAUAUUCUUGGGCAAUCCUUUGAACGUGAUGCUUGUUUUUACUCCGCUUGGCCUAGCCUCGCAAAGUCUUGGCUGGGGCGAAGUGGCCACAUUUGGACUCUGCUUUCUAGCGAUCGUGCCCCUGGCGAAAUUGCUGGGCGAGGCGACCGAACAGCUGUCCUGCUCUGUGGGGCAAACUCUUGGAGGUCUGCUGAACGCGACCUUUGGCAAUGCUGUUGAAAUGAUCAUAUCUGUUUUCGCACUCCGCGAAGGGCUGACGGAGGAAUGUGUUUUUUUCUUUGGGGGACUGAACUACCAGACUCAGCGCUUCAAUGCGAAUGGAGCACGGACUCAGUACUCCCUCCUCUUGCUGGCCAUCUUGGCCCUCGUGGGAGACCCAGUGGUGGUCAUCCCCACUGUGGUGCUGCUCACGGGUGUUCGACCGGAGAGCGAGUUGCUGAUCUCUAGAGGAUGUGCUAUCGUCCUUGCUGUGCUCUAUAUAUGCUAUUUGAUCUUCCAACUGGUCACUCACAAGGAUGAGUUUGCAGCGGCGGAAACGGAAGAUGAUUGCGAAGAGGCUGAGCCGAGCUUAUCCCCAGGGACUGCAGUGGCUUUGCUGGUGGCGGCCACGUUGCUGGUGGCGCCGCUCUCUGAGGCUCUCACAGGUUCCGUGGAAGGAGUGACGAAGACGUUGAAUAUCUCAGAUGCCUUCGUGGGCGUGGUGUUGCUUCCCAUUGUGGGGAAUGCAGCGGAACACCUGACGGCUGUCACCGUGGCGACGAAAGACAAGAUGGAUUUAUCUCUGGGAGUGGCUCUCGGAAGCAGUACACAAAUUGCGUUGUUCGUGGUACCCUUUACCGUGAUCAUCGGUUGGAUCCUGGGCGUCCCGAUGGAUUUGAACUUCCGAUCGCUGGACGUUUCCAUCUUGCUCCUGACUGUUCUGAUAGUUGGGAGCACCAUCGUCGAUGGUGAGUCGAACUGGCUAGAGGGUGCUGCACUCAUGAGCGCAUACAUGCUCAUAGCUGUGUCCCUUUGGAUUGGGCUCGACCUUUUUGGCACGGAGCGAAAGAUCCGAGAUUAUGCCAAGACGCGGAAUGCCCACGUCAUCGGCGAUGGCAUCGUGGCCUUUCCUCCGUGCUCUCCGCAGCCAUACUGCAUGAUCUUGGAGGUGCUGGGGAACAAGAUUGCCGGCACUGGCAAAAUGUGUGUUCCUCCAGAGGUAGCUGCUUUGCUGCCAGAGGCCCAACAACACCGGCAACGGAGGCGCUUCGGGAGAGGCGCGGAGAGCGCCUUCCUUGGCACAGCCGGAGACUGGAGGCCCGGGGCUGGUGUGAAGUCAGAGCCUGCCCCCAUCUCCAAGGAAGACCUGUCCCUGCAAAGCUUCAGUGGCAGUGAAAAAGUUUGCAACAUGAUAGUCUGCUUCCAAGGAACAGGGAGGCAUAAACAAGAAGCUACUAGGGGCUCCUGGCCUUACUACUAG